GCGACGGAAACUUCCAUACAGUUCGCAAAAUUUGCGGACCACACGGCUACUUCUCCACUCCUCUGCCUACCUGCUAGACUCCUUAGCAGUCAAGUACAUUCUGAGGAACACGCAAGAUAUCCUAUUGGUUCUGACGAUGGCCUUCUCACUUCUGCCUUUCGACCGACUCAGCGUCAAGCAAUUACAUAUCGUCGCUGCGCAAAGACGGAGGAACGGUUUUCAUGCUUACUACACCGGCGGAUUUGAUGCCACGAGAAAGCAGUUUGGUUUCAUAACACCCGGGUAUUUAUUGCGAGGAUGUUCCAUCACCACAGUCUUCUUGUACCCAAGCCCCGGUGCCACGGCAGGUGGUUCAAAGACAAUGUAUGCGACUAACCUUGGUCAGUACAGCAAACAUUUGAGGUAUCUAGUGUCUCUAACAUUCAAGGGAGAUACCGAUGCGUACGUGGAAUACUGGUACGCAAAUGUGAAACAGUCCGGCUACGACCUUAGCAGCAGAGACUUGAAGGGUUUUCAUGUUGUCCAGUACGAAGUCAACGAAAACGGCCUGCAGGUGAUCGUCGACGGUGAGUCGGUUAUUCCUCCAGGCACCAUCACAGGUGUGGACGAGUACACGGUUUAUUACACCAACAGCACCUUGGAAUUAGCCCCGUUCGCGUUCUUCGAGUCGCACUACACCAUGGACGACGUGGCAGCCAUUAUCAAUGUUCCUGCCUAUUACAACAGCAGUAAAGAAUUCUAUUUUGAUCACGACAAUGUGGACAUCUCCGCCGGUGGCUACGCGCUGUGGAAUGGAACGUGGUCACCGGGACAGGAUGUAAUAGUGUCAGGCGAGGGGCUGGCCGGCAAACUGUAUGUACCGGAGACGGGAAAGUUGGUGGCACUGGUGAAAGUCUACAGGAGCUCGGCCACCUUUUUUUCGGACGCCGACGACCCGUCGAAACCUCCAACAGUGUUGGCCUCGAACAACAGCUUUGGCUUGUCUUCACUGCGUAUCCAGCCGAGUCCACAUAACCUCGUAGAAUUCAAAGCCGUGACAGGUGAGAUAACUUACUAGCAGUAUCUGAAUGACCAUCUCACCGCGGAGUACAUGGCAGUCACGCCAAGCGACUUCAAUGUACACGAGUCCGCUUUUGUCUGGACUUGAACAGAAAUUGAUUCUCUUAUUAAAUCUGAAGUUAACGAUUGCA